GAGUGAUUCAAUGUGGCUUUUCAGCAGGCUAACUAAUAGCUAGGCCUGUUAGCCACAUUAGCCCAGCUAGCGCAGUCAUUUCUGUGUUUUGCUGAUAAGCUAACUAGCUAGCUACCUGUUCAUUAGCAAGCUAGUUAGCCUCCUACAUUGACAGAAUCAUGAGUCUCAGAAAGCAGACCCCCAGUGACUUUCUGAAGCAGAUCAUUGGCAGACCAGUUGUGGUCAAGCUCAACUCUGGAGUGGAUUACAGAGGUGUCCUAGCCUGUCUGGAUGGCUAUAUGAACAUUGCAGUGGAGCAGACAGAGGAGUAUGUCAAUGGCCAGCUGAAGAACAAGUAUGGUGACGCCUUCCUGAGAGGAAACAAUGUGUUAUACAUCAGCACCCAGAAGAGGAAGAUGUGAUGCAGAGGAUUUGUCCCUUUUUAAAAUUAUUUUUAUUAUCCUGGACGUUGUUCCAGUUGAUUAUGUUAUAUGAGAACAUUGUUUUUCGUAUUGUUUAAUGUCUCUGAGCUGAAGAGUUUUAGUUUUUUUGUAAAAAGGAGAACAAUCCAGUAAAUGUUUUUGGAAGUUUAA